AUGGACGUCAGUGCCUUCAUAGCUGACGAUCUACAAGAGUCCCGCCAAUCUACAAAAACAGUUGAAGUUCCACCGAAACAGGCACCUGCAACUGUAAAGGCAGCAGAUCCGCCGGUAGGUGAAGACCGACACACCUUGCAGGAAAGCGACACUAACUUGGAUACUGAAGAAAGUCCGUCGAGAGGCAUUUCUCCAAAGAAAAAUAAGAAACGCCGGCUGGCGCGCAAAGGUGCAGAGGAGACAGCUCCCACACUCCGACAAAAAGCGAAGGAAAUAGGUAGUACCUUAAGCAAACAGAUCUACAACAACACGAAAGCGACACCAGUUUCUGAGGAGCGUUCCCCUUCUGCGCUGGAAAAACGAGACGUCCAAGGAAAGCUAACAAAGAAAGCAUCGCCCCACCCACAAGAAACGAGUCACUCUCCUGAAGAUUCACUCGUCCCACCCACGACGACAACCUCAACCAGCUGGGCAUACGAAAGCGACCAUAACAAUGCCGAUGAAGAAAUGACAGAAGUUUCAGAAACUAAGACAGACUGUACGCUAGCCCCACAGGUGGCUGAUUUCUUCAACGAAGACGUCUCUGUGAACGAACAUUCUAAAGAACAAGGACACACCACUGAAACGUUUGCUACCGGUGAAUGUUAUUAA